GUGGUUGCCCAGCGCAGAGGUAAAUAUUUUCGCAAAACCCUUUUCCGUCUUCGUUAGUAGAGCUUUGUUCCGAAAUAUCCUUUCUCAUGAGACCUACCGUAUCCGGUCAAAAUGGUUGGACACAUGUGCUACGGCAGAAAUAGGCAGCGCCUGUACUUUAUGCACGAUUUCCCGGAAGAUGAUCGGCUUCCUCGGAAAACGCGCCAGCAGCAAGUGCGCCGUUGGGACUUUCUUCACCAAAUGGAAUGGGUUCCGAUAGACAGCGCUUCCCAUUUGCGGUUGCCGGCACGUGCGGUGCCUGGCGGUAAACAAGGGAAAACGAUACUGUACAUUGGACGAGCCCACCAUCGAGGAUCCAUCACGCCCGGAUAUGUAAAUCCCGCUGGCACGCAUUGCGUUCUACCCUGGGGUGGCAAGAUGCACAAGAAUAAGAAGUUUGAAGUUUUGUGUACGGAGGGCGACUUUUUUCCGUGCAUCGACUCGACGACGCUGCUGAAUGCAACUCCGGCCGGUGUGUCGGAGGAAGGAGAACCGUUAUACAUCGGAAGAGUACAACACUGUGGUCAGCUAAUUCCCGGGAAGGUCCAACGCUCGCACCAGGUGUGCUACAUACCUUACGAUGGCAACGAGUUGAAUUUUACAGAUUAUGAGGUUUUCAUACGAUCGUCAAUAGAUGGAUCAACGACGGCACCAACAAAGUGUCAGAAGUUAAACGAAGGUUCUCGACCUGUUAUGGCUGUGUAAAGAACUGAAUGCGUUCCAAAUGGACGUAAUGUGAUUGAUAACUAUAGGAUUAUUAUUGAAAAAAAAUAUUAUUUACUACAUCUGUUUAAUUUAUGUUUCUGGUGUUUCGAUCCAGUCCCGAAGUAUGCCAGUUUGAGGGAUGCCGUACGCCGGAUGAAUGUUAAAAUAAGGCCUGAUUAGUUGGCCAACAAAAGUUGGGUAAAUUUAUUAUUAACAUCAACAAAAUCACCAUUGUCACUUUCACUUUGAUUGUCCGGUAUUGCGCAAUCGUUCCCUUGCCGAGGGGUUUGGGAUUUUUUCGAUCGUUUGUCCCCAACAUUACGGCCACUUGCUGCGGCCGACUUCGCUUUUCCCCUUACCGAUCGCUUUCGGUCCUUUAGCUCCGGAACGUAUCGGACCACAAGUUCCAUCAUCCGUUUCAGUGCUUCAGACAGCGCCGGUGAG